ACAAACUGGAAAACCAUCCAGCCACCGGAGAAUUGGGGCAGCAGUUAAAAACAAAAAAACAAAAACAAAACAACAAUACCAAGGUGAAAAAUAUCCUGCGGUCGGCAUCUAAACCGACGACUCGAGACAAUCGUCUUGAAAUCCGAGACAACACAAGGGAUUUAAAACAGAAACGCAGGAGUACAAAUCAAGCUAGGACAUCAGUGACGAUAGUUGGAACCUGAAAACAUUGUUACGUACUUGUGACGGCGAAAAAACAGCCUGCAACCUGCUGCCCCCACCUUCAAGGUGCCUUUACCAUGGUGACACUAAAACAACCGUACACUUUACAAUAAGCCAGAGGAAGAACUCCGUGUCUCAGUUGCUUCGCUUCACUUUCAGAACCAUCAUUUCAAACAUUUUGCCGACCCGGUGCAGCCAUGCAUCUAGAAGUGAAGGUUGCCCUCAACUUCAUCGUGUCCUACCUGUACAACAAGCUGCCUCGGCGUCGAGCUGACCUGUUCGGCGAGGAGCUGGAGAGGAUACUUGUGUCUCGUUUUGAGGGUCACUGGUACCCUGAAGCCCCUCUCCGGGGUUCUGCCUUCCGCUGCAUUCACCUGGGGGCGCCGAGGGACCCCGUGGUGGAGUUGGCCGCAAAGAGAAGCGGACUGGACACGGAGGAAGUGCGUGCAAAUGUUCCCGCAGAGCUCAGCGUGUGGAUCGACCCUUAUGAGGUGUCCUACCAGAUUGGAGAGAAGGGGGCAGUGAAGGUGCUCUACCUGGAGGACCCCCCAGGUCUGGGCUGUGACAGCGAGAGGCCUGAGGGUGUGAUCAGAGAGGGCAAAGGAGACGCAGAGGCGGAAGAGGCCAAGAAUCUGGGCUUCAACCCAGACGCUCAGGUGUUUGUGCCAAUUGGAAGUCAGGCGUCUCCCGCCCUCAUGCCGUCGCACUCCAGCUCUCCCACACCUCUGUCUGCCCAGUCCUGCCCCGGGCUCUUCAGCUACCCCAGCUCCAGUACUCCCACUGACCCUGCUGCCCACUCCUCCAAUACCUCUACCCCUUCCCCUCCCAGCGGCGGGCUGCCCUACCUCGCCGCUCAGCAGCCACCCUCCGCUCUUCCCACUGCCCGCCCUCAACCCAUCACCUUCACCACAGCCAGCUUCGCCGCCACUAAAUUCGGCUCGACCAAGAUGAAGAAGUGCAGCGGAGCCGGGUCGCCGGCCAGCUCCGGAGUCGUCGUCCCACCCGCCCAGAGAAUGCUCUCCCGCUCUCCCACCAACAUCUCGACGCCGGAGCUGCUCAAGCACAAGCCGCUGUCGCUCUCCUUGCACUCCCUCGGAGGUCCCAUCCCCAGCCAGCUCUCCCCCAACGCCAAAGAGUUUGUCUACCCAGGAUCCCCGGGGCCCCUUUACUUCGAUGCAGACACCCAGCCCAUGCAGCCUCAUGCCAGCCCAUUUCAGCCCCCCCACACUGUCAACACCCAUCCAUCCUUUGACCCCUUCUCCAGCCCUCCUCCGGCCCAGAGUGUGGGCAUCAUCGGCAGCAACGGAGGAAUUUCUUACAUGGAGAAGCCGCCAUUUGUCGAAGGUUUAGGAAGCUACAACCUGCAAUAUCCCAGCCAGUCCUUCCAGCCUGUUGUGCUGGCCAACUAAGCCUUCAUUUGUAAUGAGAGGAGUCGCUGGAGGAGGAGUCGGGUGUGAGGACAGUGAUGCUCCUGAUAUUUUCAGUUUUUCUAAGAAAUUGUUCUAAUACUAAUACAAAUUAAGAAUUAGUUUACUACAAAGAUUUAAAAUACCACGUUCACUGAAUAUGUCUGUGAUUUGUUUUGUUCCUCCACAGCCCCCAGCCCCACCCUGCCCCUUUGUCCAUCGCUGUUACUCGUCACGUUCUAUGUGUUCGCUUUGACAGGAGUGGGUGGGGGUGACUUCCUUUCUCCGUUGAGUCCUUGCCAAGCUUUUAUGUUUAUUGUUUUGCAUUGAAUGUUAAUGUGAGACACUUGU